AAAGGAGACCAGAAAGCAGAGACAGUAGGCAGCACCUCAUGUCUGGCAGAGUCACCCAGGCCCGUCAACUGACAGAAAACCCCCCGAACCCUCCGGGAGCAAGCUAUUGUUCUACUUUGAAGGCACAGAGAUGGCUCAGGAAAUUGAUUGGUUAAACAGCCAGGCGGGCCUGUGCCGAGUCGAUCUGUACAAGCAUGAUGUCCCCAAAGACAAGAACUGCGAAGUGGUUUGCUUCAUCGACGUCUCCAGCCUGAACUUGAAGGAGAAAGAUCCCAACAAAGCCAAGAAGACCACCAGCCAAUCCAGCAUCGUGUCUGUCUCUUCCAAUGACUUUGACCUGGCCUUGGAGAAUCUGGAAGAGAAAGACGUCAUUGUGAUCAAGGACAACGAGCGGAACAAUGCCAUCAACACCGUUUGCCUUUUCAAGCAAGGCUCCUCUGACGAAGCCAAUGUGGUGAACUGGCUCAGCAAUGACCUUCAGAAGUACGCUGCUGGAUUCCAGCAGGCGCUGUCCAAUUUCGAGGGUCCUCCGUUGAAGUCCAAGCAGCCUUCCCACGCAUCUGUAACUGACAAGAUUUCCCAGAACACGUCUUUCCAAGGUUCUGAUGCAAACAUGCUUCUGAUCCCUGAGUUUGGACGGGGCGGUUUAAGCCCCUCCUAAACCCCAGAGAAAGAGCCCAUGGGGAGAAGCCCUGAUGUGGGCUUCUCUUGGCUCCUCUGCCACGGUCUCUGUUUGCAAUCUAUUUAUUUGACUGCACAUUAUACAGUGACUCUCAAAGGAGUUUCAGUUUCUGGUAUCUGAAAACCAGGAGUUGGAGAUACAUAAAUAAUAAAAAAAUGCAUACUUG